CACAGAGAGUUAAGUACUGCACCUGCUGAGGUGUGUCUGUCUUGAGGCACCUGUUUCAUCAGCCAAUCAGCUGCAGACUUAGCCAAGGCACCACCUGUCAGUGAGAAUACCUGCACACAAAUUCACCCGCAAAAACGGAACACUUCAUUCUACAGGGGAUGUUUGUGCAUAACAAGAACUAGAAGAGCACAAGUCAGCAGAGGUUACAGGCACUAACAUUUGAGGGAAAAUGUCUAAUGAACUUGACAGAAUUAACAGCUACAGACCAGUGAUGCUUCUACAGAAUGAUAUCAGCCUUCAGAAGUAUUCAUGUACAAAUGACGAUGACGUCUGGUCAAAAUACUUGGAGAAUCCUAUGACAGCUGCCACUAAAGCCAUGAUGAGGGCAAAUGGAGAUGAUGAUGGGGUUGCGGCACUAAGUUUACUCUAUGACUACUACAGGGUCCCCAAGGAAAAGAGAAUUAUUACUCAGGGAUCUACAGGACGCUGUGAGCAAGUAAAAAGGAGCUGUAUUGAAUAUGACUCAGACGUUUCAGCCUAUGAAAGCACCCAGCUGAUGAGAUUUCUGAAUGACAACAACUCCUCCACUCAUGAGUAUUCAGAAACACAUAAAAAGAACAGCUAUCUAUCUCUGGAUUGUCUCAUAAAUUCCAGUAAACUGAGUCUAACCAGUGGAAAGUUGGAUAGUAAUGGUCAUGACGAUUUCAUGGCAACAUCAUGUGAUGUAUAUGAAAAAAAUGCAUUGACUACAUUGUUUGAUCCUAUCCAUGUACCACCACCACAACAAAGAUGGCAACCGGACAGCACCUUCAAGGAGGACACACCAGAGCCACUUAUAUUCAAUGAUAUACUUAGAAGCCAGGCAGAAUCAACCUGCUCAGAAGACUAUAUACCAGGAGAAGCAAAUAGAGACUUUGAAUGCACUCUAGAAUCUCCCAAAGCAAUUCACAUCAAGUCUGGAGAGUCACCAAUGGCUUACCUCAAUAAAGGCCAGUUUUAUCCAGUCAAUCUCCGCACUGCAGAAACCAAAAAAGGUGUGCACAAAGUAAAGAGUGUGGUUAUGGUGGUAUUUGACAAUGAGAAGAACCCAGAAGAACAGUUGAAACGAUGGAAGCACUGGCAUUCUAGACAGCCAACUGCAAAGCAGAGAGUCAUUGAUGUUGCUGAUUACAAAGAAAAUUGUAACACAGUUGAGAACGUUGAAGAAGUAGCCUAUAAUGCUUUGUCAUUUGUUUGGAACAUCAACGAAGAAGCUAAGAUAUUUAUUGGCAUUAACUGCCUAAGCACAGACUUCUCAUCUCAGAAGGGUGUUAAAGGUGUCCCUCUGAAUCUUCAGAUUGACACAUAUGACUUUGAGACAGGAGUCAAGAGGCUCAUUCAUCGUGCAGUGUGCCAGAUCAAAAUCUUCUGUGAUAAGGGUGCAGAGAGAAAGAUGAGGGAUGAAGAACGUAAACAGUUUAGAAGGAAAGGGAAAUGUACUGACCAAAAUAACAAAGAUAUAAAGGCAUCUGUUCUCCCAGGAUACAGAGUGUCUGAUAUCACAUAUCUGAGACCAGUGACAGAUAUGGAAACACACCCUGUUUUGUUCAUCCCCAACAUUCAUUAUUCCAAUCUUCAAAGAUGUGGCGUUGUACUUCAGUCUGUUGCAGAUAACAGUGAUAGGUUAUUACUCAAAAGAAGUUCUCAGUCAUUCCCUGAAGGUUUGGAAGCACCACCAUCAAAGCAACAGACAAGCGAAGACUCCCAAAGAGUACUGUUAUAUGUACGGAGAGAAACAGAAGAAGUAUUUGAUGCACUGAUGUUAAAAACACCCGAUCUUAAGGGUUUAAGAAAUGCAAUCUCAGAAAAAUAUGAACUGCCAGAAGAAAGGAUCUUCAGAGUCUACAAGAAAUGCAAACGGGGCAUCCUAGUAAACAUGGACAAUAACAUCAUCCAGCAUUACAGCAACCAUGUGGCUUUUCUUUUGGACCUGACAGAUGUAGAUGGGAAAAUCCAAGUCACACUUAAAGAAUUAUAAAGCCUAAUAGUGGGCCUUUAACAGACUUAAAAAAGACUCAAACACAAAGGCACAAGACCUGAGUUUUACAGACCUCAGAACCAUGCUGGGUGCUUGCACUUCCUGGAAUCAGAAGAGCACAAGAGCUGAUGCAGCUUGGCAAAGGCAGGACAGGAGUCGCAGAUCAUUGCUGAAAACUUAAAUACGUUUUGUACACUACUGACUGACAAAUAUUUGAGAUCCGUAAUCCCCCGUAGGAUUUCUGAAGACAUAUGCACAAUAUUGCCAAAACAAAUGUUACAGUUGCAGGUUCUGCAACACCUGCUGCUUGUAAAUGGAUGCUCUUGCUUUACUUUAUAUUGAAGAAAAUAAUUGGCUACUUCUUUUCUCUGUCCAUCACAAUAUUUUUACCAAUAUUGCUAGAGAAGUAUAUUGUUUAAUACUGUUUUUGUACUUACUGCGGUUAUUUUAAACGGGCAAUGAAUUGUCUCCACUUUCCCUCUCUGAAGAAUGGAACAGUUAUUAGAUCAUUCAUUCUCAAAGUGAAUUGCCUAAAACCCCUUUAAGACUGCGACUCAGUUACAGUUACAAUACAGUUCUAGGACAUCUCCAGCCUAAAGUACAAUAUGAUAAAUAACCUUGUUGUGGAUAGAUUCCAGCCAUAUUAGAAACAAAUCUAUUACUAGCGCUGGUGGGUAAGAUAUAACGAUACUGGUUUCUGACGUUAGUUGAACUCUACACAGCCAUCCCAGAAGAGCCAUUUCAGAACAUUUUUAAAUGUUACAAUUGCGGAUUCUCUUAUACCAGAGAUAUUAAUGUGAGAUUACCAUAGAGUAUACCAUAGGCUGAUUUUUCUUUUGCUGCUCUGUCAUUAUAUCGGCUGUUACACGAUUAUGUCUGGUUUUUCAUUGUUAAUUACAAAGACUUUGAUUCCAACAACAAAGAAAACGGCAUAUGUGGAUAUUUUAAAAAACCCUUUAAGCUGCCAUUUUUGCCUGAAAUACCCUUUAAUGUAAUAUGUUACAGUUUUAUACAUUUCUCAGUGUAAAUAUAUGUAUAUAUAUAUAAAUAUAUAAUGUAUGUAAGAAAGUAUUGUUUUUUAUGUGUUCUAUUAAGCAGCAAUGCAUUUUUGUCAUUUCAAGAACUUGCCUUUUCACAUUUCCUGGACUAUGUAUUUUUUUGCUCAAAUUUUUUAUAUAUACCUGUUUAUAAUAAAGGGCAAAUAAUA